AUGAGUUUAAUGAUUUUUGUCGUUGUUUUUCUGGUGAUCUCAACAACAUCAGCCUUUGACUCUCCUCAAACAAACAGUACUUUGAAUUCCACAGCAAACAAAAUAAAGGAUUCGAGUCUUAUUGAAAACGCUUGUAUGGAAUUUAAACCCCAAAGUUGUUCCGGUGUUUGUGGCCAGUUCUUUGCUUUAUGGUGUUCGUGUGAUGAAUAUUGCCUGAUUUAUGGGCGAUGUUGUUUUGAUUAUGAAUCAGUUUGUAAAGAGGAAUCGGAGAAAUCUAAACAAGAUCAUGAAAACCUGAUGAACGUUACGAUAGUAUGUGACAAUAAUAUAUCAGGAUAUGAUGUCCCUCAGCAGAUUAUAACAAGUUGUUCUCUAACCAAUGUAUCUGCCAACACCGUAGGAUUGUGUGAAGAAGAAGAAAUCAGAGCCUCAGUAGUUAUAACCAAAGUGAUGUCGAAAAGGACAGAGCUACAUUAUAAAAACCGACAUUGUAUGUUAUGUAAUGGUGAAGAUGAAGACGAUAUUGUUUAUUGGUCUACACUGGUGGGAUCUAAUAACCGUAAAUUAAGGCAUAGCAGUAUUCAAAGCAUAUUAAAACUUUUCAACAGUUCUGUAAAAAAUACCCCUCCCCCUAAUUCCAGAGAAAUCAUAUGUUUUCCAAACAUGAUAUCGUCCUGUGUGUCUUCUGCUACUGAGGAAGAACAAGAUUCUUGUGUAGAAAAUGCCAUAUCGCCUAUUAGAUACCGAACGUCAAUAUAUAAAAACACUUUUUGUCUUCAAUGUAGUGUUGAUUUUGAGACAAUUAAACAAGACAUUUGCCAACCGGGACAAAGGAAUGAUAUAUUUUAUGGAAAUUAUGAACACUCUUUUACUUUUUCAAUGGUUUUCAAUUGGAGGAAAAAUAGAGAAUCUUUUGUCAUUCUUGAUUCUCCAAUGAGUUUGAUUCAAAAUUUAUCUUGUUCUUUUGAUGCCGAUCAAAAUUUAAAAGAAUGUAAAGUAAGAAAAUGUGUUGGUACUCUGCCAGUAGUCAAUAAUACCUGUCAGAUGAUACCAGAUCAUUUUGGUUGUAUUCAAUACGUUUUCAAAAUUAAUUUCACUGUUCCUUCCGAAUCAUCCAGUGAUAUGAAACAAGAAGUAGAACGUAUUUCCUCCAAACUCGUUCAGUUAGCUUCCAAUUUUGAACGUAUGCAUAACGUCACCAAAUACUACAGUCAAAAUGUAACGUUGUAUAAUAUAACCAUAGUUGAUAAUAAGAUAACAGGUAUUAUUAUACUAAAUCGAAUGGCUUAUUCUUUGUGUAAUAGUCAAUUCUCGCGUUUAACAAACAGUCAAUAUAAUAUAUAUUUAGAUACUAAUUUGACCUUUGAUCUUAAUGGUAGUAUUUCUACACAGAGAUAUAGAGUUACCUGUUAUUAUUGGUGUAAUAAUGACGAUGUGUCGAUUACAGAUGUUAUGAUAUACCAGCGUUUCUUUACAGGCAUCAAAGAAAUGGAUAUUCAUAUGACGUCUUCUGUUACAAACUGUACACCAAUAUGUAUAUACAUUUAUGUAGUAUCUUGGAUGGGCAUUGUGAUAUCCCAAUUAGGACGAAUUUAA